AUGGAAGAACACUAUUAUAAGAGAAGUCAUGUACCAGCAUUUGGGAGCUGGGAUUGGAAUGAUGAUCAUAAUAAUUUCCCAUAUACAAAGUGUUUCGAUUCUGCGAGGCAACCUGCUUCACUAUGCUAUAGUUACUCUGAGUCUGAGGAUCGUGAUCUUUAUGUAACAGAAGAUUUCUACGACAACCAUAAUGUGUCACCCACCAGAAUCCUUGUUCCUCGCAAAAGGGCAAAAAAAUUGGUGAAUAAUACUCAUAUUGAACAAAGCCUAACUCCACUACCAACCUCAAAACCAAUUGAUGAUAAUGAUUUAUAUAACAUCUCGCCACACCUUCGUUAUGCCAAAGUUAAAAAGAGGAGACGAUUAUGUUUCUUUUCUAGUUGCUUUUUACCAGCUUGCAUUGGUUGA